AUGAAUUGUAUUUGUGUUGCUAAUAAUAUUAUCGCGGUCUCCAGAGGAAGUUUGAUCGACUUUUACAUUGAAGAAAAACACAAGGUAUUGAAAAUUCAAGAUGCUACCGGCGCUGAUGAUGAUAUCUGUGAUAUGGAUUUCUCCAACGAUCAAAAAUAUGUAGCGCUGUUAACCUCUUCUAAGAAACUGUACACGUAUAAAUUUCCAUCAUUAGAAUGUGUUAAGUCUUUUUUAUUACCAAGAAGUGCCAGCAAAGUUAGGUUUGGUGCUGAAAAAAAUAAUAUAUUCGUAGCAGAUAAAACGGGUGAUGUAUUACUUUAUAAGAUAGAUAAUGAUGAAGGGGGUGUCAAACUAUUAGGCCAUCUGAGUCUUCUUCUUAAUGUGUUACAAAGUAAAGAUGGAAAUUAUCUCAUCACAUCAGACAGAGAUGAAAAAAUUCGAGUUUCAUGUUAUCCACACACAUAUAAUAUACAAACUUAUUGCUUAGGGCAUAAGGAAUUUGUCAAUCAUUUGGAAUUUCUACCACACAAUGAAAAGUAUUUAUUAAGUGCCUCAGGUGAUGGAACUAUUAAGUGUUGGGAUUAUGCAAUUGGACACAACUGCUGUACCAUUGAUACACGGACAGAUGUAAGUGAUCAAAGUCUUCAAGAGGAUUUCAAGAAAAUGAUGGAUGAUGAUGGUAUUGAAGUUGAUGGCCUACCUAUUGUACAUUUUUCCACCACUAAAUUAAAUGACACCACAAGCUUAAUAGCAGUCUCACUUCAUUCUAGUCACAAUGUACUAAUUUACACUCUCGAGACAAGUGACUGUAAAUUCAAACACAAUUUAUUAGAAAGAGUCUCACUGGAGGGGCAUCCUGGCUGCUUAAAACUUAGUGAAACAUCACUUUUUGUGUAUGAUAAUGAUACUAGUAAACUAACACGAUUCAAUUUUACUAAUAAAAAUAAUAAAACAACAUUGAUCAAAGGACAUACUAUUAAUAUGUUUACAGAACAUAAUACAGACUCAAUAGUGAAAACUGACUAUGAACAUAUUAAGGUACUAUUUAAAAGAAAGUUUGACAAUGUACAAGAGUAUCAGGAAAGAAAGAGGAAUAGGCUAGUUAAAGCCACAUGA